CUCAGCUUUAUGAGCCUCAUACCGCUCUCAUAUUCCGGACGUGAGAUACACGUUGCCUUUCCGCUUCCUUACCCGCCUAUCGAACCAUGACCAAGAAUAUUCGCAAAGCCAAAUCCAUGGGCGCAAUGCGCCGCUCCAGCCUUGGAGAGGUCAAGACCUUACAAGAGGUGUGCUCAGCACUCACCCACAUCGGUCGACCGUACGGGCGCCAGCAGUCGUCCCUGCAGCCUGAAGCAGAGCGAGCGAAACCAGAUGAUCCAUACCCGCAGAAUCCUAAGCGUGUUGCAUUCAAGGAGCUUGGCGCCAUGGCACAAGAAGCCAUACGCGACUCCAUAUUGGCGCUUCCUUCGGUGCCAACUCACACGCCUACUUCAGGGACACGCGCUGCGGUCUCCAAGCGGAGCGAAAUACCAGGCUACAGGCCGUAUCGAUUCUCAAAGGACCCAGCUGCCUACACUCAGCCGUUUUGCGAUUUCUUGACCGAGAACCCGACUGUCUUCCACGCCGUCUCCGCCGUUGCUGCCGAGUGUACCGCCGCGGGCUACACACAACUGUCCGAGCGCUCUGAAUGGAACCUGGUGCCAGGCGGGAAGUACAUCGUUACGCGUAAUGGCAGCAGUCUCAUUGCUUUCACCGUAGGCGACGAUUACAAGCCCGGCAACGGAAUGGCCAUGCUAGCAGGUCAUGUGGACGUACUCACGGCAAGAUUAAAGCCGAUACCAAAGCUGAGAACAAAAGCAGGAUAUGUACAGCUCGGUGUGGCCCCAUAUGCAGGCGCGCUGAACAGCACCUGGUGGGAUCGUGAUCUCGGCAUCGGCGGAAGGGUGCUUGUCAGGCACGCCUCGGGCAAGGUUGAAUCGAAGCUGGUCAGUCUACCCUGGCCGAUAGCGAGGAUACCGACCCUGGCGCCUCAUUUUGGUGCUGCUGCAAAUGGUCCAUUCAACAAGGAAACGCAGAUGGUACCUAUCAUUGGGCUUGACAACAGUGAUCUGAGUGACUUCUCCAAGUCAAGUUCAGAUGACCCCUCUUUUGAUUCAUCAUCGUGUCUAGGGGGUGCAGGUUCCUUUACCGCUACGCAACCAGAGCGUCUUGUAAAAGCGAUCGCAAACGAGAUCGGCGUGGCCGACUACUCCCAAAUUAUCAAUUGGGAGCUGGAGCUCUUCGAUAUACAGCCCGCGCAAACAGGUGGCCUGGACCGCGAGUUUAUCUUUGCUGGCCGCAUCGACGAUAGACUGUGCUCUUGGGCUGCCGUACAAGCCCUCCUCAAUACGGAUACCAAGGGCAGCGGUAUAAUAAAACUCGUGGGCCUCUUUGACGACGAGGAAGUUGGUUCAUUACUUCGCCAGGGCGCUCGCGGCAAUUUUCUACCAAUGACCAUUGAGCGCAUCGUUGAAACGUUCGCCUUCUCAAACGUGAGCAACACACUUGCUCGUACAUAUGCAAACUCUUUCCUUGUUUCCUCAGACGUCAUCCACGCCGUCAACCCGAACUUCCUUGGCGCCUACUUAGAGAACCAUUCACCCCGCCUCAACGUUGGCGUGGCAGUCACGGCAGACUCCAACGCGCAUAUGACGACGGAUUCCGUUUCGACUGCAAUCUUCCAGGCCUGCGCGGACAAGGCAGGUCAGAAACUGCAGGUGUUCCAAAUCCGGAACGACAGUCGAAGCGGCGGAACUGUCGGGCCCAUGCUGAGUUCUGCGAUGGGCGUGCGGGCCAUCGACGCCGGAAUCGUCCAACUAAGUAUGCAUAGCAUUCGCGCAACUACCGGCUCUCUGGAUCCCGGACUUGGUGUGAUCAUGUUCCAGGCAUUUCUGGAGCACUUUGAGAGUGUCGACAAAGAUUUUUCAGCAUUUUAGCUGCGUUGCAAGUAAUGCUUUCUUAUAUACCAAUGCUCGAAGCGGUUUUAGCGGCUAUCCGAGUGUAUUAUGUGAUGACAUGCUCGUCUUCUUUCUGUGUAUUUUCGUGGCGUUUGGGCUUGAUUAGGACUGGAGCACUACUCUUGUAACCUGGUAGAUAUCUAGAUAGUUCUGAACGCUAAACUUGCCCUUUCAUAACAGUCCCUUGAUUUGCAAGUAAGCGGAGAGUCGCAAUGAGUACAUUAAUC